UCUCAAAUGCCCCGAAAAGUUGACAGAUUCGUUAUUCAGUCCGCCGUAUUCCUCGGUGUUCUUCUGCUCAUUCUUUAUAUCAAUCGCCCCCAGAGCGCAGCAAACAAACUUUUGGCAUGGACCGAAAUACGAUACAAAUCAACGACAAAUGAGCAGCCGGAUUCACGUGGCGCGUGUCCCAGCCUAGCCGGUAGCAAAAAACCGGCGUUGGUAGUAGCGCGUGUAGCAGCUGACGGUGACGCGUCAUGGAUCGAUCCAUUAUCCAAGAAAUAUCACCCAUGUAUCUAUACUGUGGAUUCGCCGGUGGAUCAUGCAUCAAAGUAUCUCCAAGUACCUGCCAAUAGGGGACAUGAGGCAAUAGUGUAUUUGACGUUUAUCAUCGAUAACUACUAUCACAUACCAGAAGCUGGAGUGGUCUUUGUUCACGGUUCCCGCUGGGCUUGGCAUAAUGAUGAGCCCACUUAUGACAACGCUGCUUUGCUCAAGGCUCUUGAUGUCCAUGCCUCUCUCGAGACAUGGGGUUACCAUAAUUUACGCUGCGACUGGAGUGCCAUGAUCAGUCCAUGGGAUGCACGAGCGGUGUCUGAUUUUGCUCUUCCAGCGGCUUUUGAGACCCUCUUUGGAAAAGGGCAGUCUAACAGUAAGCUUGGGAAGCAUGAUACCGUCCGCUCGCAAUGCUGUGCGCAGUUCAUUGUCGGUCGAAAGAAUAUCCUUCAACAUUCGCUUCAGGAAUACAUCGCACUGCGCCAAUGGCUGCUUGAUACCAGUCAUGAUGCAGCACCGAGCGAUGAUCGUGUGGCCGGGCGUAUACUAUCAUAUCUCUGGCACAUAUUGUUCAUCAAGAAGGAGGAGAUCGAAGAAAAUGGUGCUAUUUCACUUGAUAAACUUAACUCGGCGGCUUGUCCGCGUGCAGCGGAUUGUUAUUGUCGGCUCUAUGGAAUUUGCAAUCUUGAUAACUGCAAUGAUGGCCAUUGCUAUGGGCGAUACGAAAUACCACCAGACUUUAGGAUUCCGGACGAUUGGGCCGCCACUCAUUCUUGA